AUGGUAGCCUCAUGUGUAAAGGUAACGAUAUCAGUUCCUGCUGAUAUAGUAAUAAACCGCCCAGAAAUCCAUAUUCUAGUCGUGUGGGAAACUCCGUUUGUAAAGUGCUGCUGGCUGCUACUGCUGUGUGCGCACGCUCUGCGCUCCGCCAUUUUGGUUCAGGGGGUUUUCUGUUUUUGUUGUAAAAAAAUAAAGAGAGAGAGAGAGAGAGAGAGAGAGAGAGAGGAGCCGAAGUGAAGCUGCAGCUGGAGGCCUGAAUCAGGAAACAGCGUCAGACCGACAAGCAAGAACCAGAUCAAAGUUGAUCUUGUAGAUGAGAAUUUCACAGAAUUGAGAGGAGAAAUAGCGGGACCUCCUGACACACCCUAUGAAGGAGGAAGAUAUCAAUUAGAAAUAAAAAUUCCAGAAACAUAUCCCUUUAAUCCUCCAAAGAAGGGGCUUGUUAGCAGGCCUCCGUGACACCAGACCAUUCUCCAAGAGACGCCUUCUCACGGUGCGCACAGAUGCCUUCACUCCAGCUUCUUUCCAUUGCCACAGUUCGGUUUAUUACAAAAAUAUGGCAUCCAAACAUCAGCUCAGUUACCGGUGCAAUUUGCUUGGAUAUUCUAAAAGAUCAGUGGGCGGCGGCAAUGACCCUUAGAACAGUGUUAUUAUCGUUACAAGCGUUGUUGGCAGCGGCAGAACCAGAUGACCCACAGGAUGCGGUGGUGGCAAAUCAGUACAAGCAAAAUCCAGAAAUGUUUAAACAGACAGCUCGACUCUGGGCGCAUGUGUACGCUGGGGCACCCGUUUCCAGUCCCGAAUAUACCCGAAAAAUAGAUAAAUUGUGUGCAAUGGGCUUUGAUAAAAAUGCAGUAAUAGUGGCUUUGUCUUCAAAAUCUUGGGAUGUAGAAACUGCAACAGAACUUCUUUUGAGUAACUGAGGAGUUGUGAAGGCUACUUCCACAGGCCAGCUUGACCUUCCUUGAACAGCACCAUAUUCCCUUUUUCUUUUAGGAUUACACCUACGUUCCAUUUUAAAAUUGCUCUCUGUUACCUGGUAAUGCUAUCUAGAUGCAACUGGAGACUGGAGGAAUGCUCUGUAAAUAAAGCUAUUAAAGUCUGUGUAAAUUAAACAUGGGGAAAUACUUAACUUUUUUUCUUACUAAAUAGUGUAAUGAAUCACUAACUUUGAGCUGUGCUUGAUAAUAUGAUGAAAUCCAACAUUUAAUUUUUUUUAUUAUUUUGUCAGUGUGAGUAUUUCUGAAUCUCCUUUGGUUUAUGGAACUGUAAUGUAACAUUCAUUUUACACAUGUGUUUUGAAUGUGUCACAGCUGUUACCUGUUCUAUCAUGUGGUAGCUGUUGUCAUAGUGUUAUCAAAGUGGACCCUUUACUGUAAGGUAAGCGCUGUAUAACUGUAGUGGUUUUAAUUUGAUCCUUGUUGGGAAUAAAUAUUGGAUUGGUUUUGAAGUACAAUAUUCUCUAGCAGCCUUUAAAUAAAAUAUAAUUUUUUUUUAAAAAA